AUGACCGAGAUAUUCGGCACUGUAGCUGGUGCUAUAAGCAUUGCCGCCCUAUUCAACAACUGCGUCGAUUGUUUUAACUACGUCCAAAUUGCCAGGCAUUUCGGCGAAGACUUCUCACCCUACCAACUUCGGCUAGAUGUCGCCAAAUGCCGACUAGCAAGAUGGGGAGCAUCGAUCGACAUCAACAAUGACCGACGAUUUAGUUUCGUCGAACCAGCCGACCCAACAAUUGUCCUGGCUCAAGGCAUUCUCAAGGAAAUAGUGGCCAGGUUCGAGGCCGCAUACAAUGUCUCCAGACGCUACGAGGCCAGGACGAAAGAGCAGGGUAUGAGGAUAUUUACGGAAGCCGAUCUCAGUCCUGUUUCGCAGCGCUUGCAUACUCGUUUUGACCUGCUCACUAGACAGCGGUAUAAGAGCUUGGGGUUGAUUAAAAAGACAGGCUGGGCGCUUUAUGAUAAGAGCUAUAUGGGAAGAAUGAUUGAUGAUAUUAUUGCUUCAAUCGAAGACUUGGAAAAGGUCUUUCCUAGCACCCCACAGAUCACGCGUCAAUUAGUCGAUAUGGAGAUUGAGGAGGUAAAUGACGAGCAGGAGUUGGAGCUAAUUCACAAUGUCGCUGAGGGUUUAGAUCCUGUGUUAUCUGGUGCCUCCAAGAAUAAGAUCGUGGAAAUCGCCGGCAAAAACUCUGCUGGGAAGAUCACUGGAUCAGGUAAGGUCAAUAUUGGCAACUCAUUUAUAGCAGGGUCGUUCUCAAAUUCACAUGAGAUUCGGGUUAGUACAGUCAACCAUGUGGAUGAGGUCAAUACUACAGAGCCAUCAAGAGUGAAUAUUGGUAAUACCUGGGGCGGCAAGGGGUUUUGGGAUUGA